AAGAAUUGGAAGGGCAAACGCUGGAAAGGCAGAGAAAGACUAACAGAAAACAGCAUUAUGUGGCUAAUUUUUUGCCUUUACAUUUAUAAAUAACAAACAAAAGCCUUCCUUUUUACAGCCUGAAACUUGAGAACGCAGAGCUGUUUGCUUUUUUUAAAUACGAGUGCAUUAUCCAGAGGUGGCACCACAGAUAAUGUGACAGCCUUUACAUUUAGAAAAAAGAGGAAAAAAAUCGUGGGCCUUUGAUACUCUGUAGCCCAUGUUUAAUGCUUUUCUAAUUGUCACGUUUUUGCUACCAGACUAAUAAUGGGAGGCUGAAUGGAGGUCUUACAAAAAGGAUCCUAAUUUUUCUAAUUGUUAUUUUUUGGGCAGUUAGAUGGAAUGCUUGGUUGGACUAAAACGCAUUUUGUUGUAUGGGAGGGAGUCUUCAAAUCACAGCGCCUGCCAAGUGGAAUACCGUGCUUUGUGAAUCUUUUAGCCUGUUGAUGAUGAAUGGCUCUGAAGUGGACCAAACUGUUGUGAGAACAGGUUUGUGCCCCGUGUCUUAAAUUCAAGUGGGUACCCAGAUUGUUAAGAGAGAAGAAGACAUCCAGGAAAAGCGGAUUGGAUGUGUUUUGGGUGGGGAAGAAGACACUAGCAACAGGCUCGGACAAAUGAUGGAUAAGACAAUUGCCUGAAUCGAGGAGGACUGAUUUAUUUUUGGAGAGGGGAAAAAAAGUUAAAAAUGAGUAAAUGAUGAUUUGGUACGAGGACGAAGAGGAGAGCGAGUGGAAGAGAUAAAUUGCGUAUGGAAUUGAAUAGCCGAUUUAGAAGCAUUUCGGAAUUCAUGUAUUUGCUAGAGACGCGCGCGUUUGCGAAAAAUAUAGAUAAUUUUCUUCAUGUAAAAAGGCAGAAAGGAAAUCUAUUUCCUGGUUGGGGGGUGGGGGGGAAGGAAGAUAUAUUAUUCAUGGUUUCAGUGAGGGAAACGGGUGAGAGCGUUUUGCCUUAAGAUUAAAAGAAAGGAAUAAGAAGACAUCCAUGUACUGUAGCUAGCUAACGCAAAACGGAAUAGCUGGGCAGAAACAAGCACUUGAGAAAAAAAGGAAUUGGCAAAAGUGGCAUUUGAAGCAUGGGCUGUGCCUCCAGCAUUCAUAUUUCGGAUAGGGUGGUCUAUCACAGUGGAAAAGAGUCCGAGGAUUCUCACUCGCCCCAACAGACCAAUACAACGCAGCAGUCUCAGCAGCAAGGAAAUCCAGCCCCGGGAUUACCCAUUAAACCCUCAAGUUACAAGGCCACGUUUAAAGAGGUGCAGUUUGGACCAAUGAGGCUAUACGAAGAUCAGCUUCAGGUACUCUUAGUAUUUGCCAAAGAAGAUAGCCAGAGCAAUGGCUUCUGUUGGGCCUGUGAGAAAGCCAACUACAGGUGUAGCGUUGCCAGAACCCCUGAGUCUGCACUGGAGUGCUUCCUGGAAAAGCACCAUGACAUCAUCAUCAUCGAUCACAGGCAUUCCAGAUACUUUGAUGCAGAAGCAUUAUGCCGGUCAAUUAGAGCAGUGAACUCUUCGGAAAACACUGUGAUGGUCGCCGUGGUGAAAAGGCCAGACCGGGAGGAAGGGUCGGUGAUGCCUCUGAUCUCCGCUGGAUUCAACCGGAGAUAUUUUGAAAAUGCCAACAUGAUGGCCUGCUACAAUGAGCUUCUCCUGCUGGAGCAUGGAGAAGUGCGGGCGCAGUUCAAACUGAGAGCAUGCAAUGCUAUUUUCACUGCACUGGAACAAAGUCAAGAGGCCAUCGAGAUCACAAGUGAAGAUCAAGUGAUUCAGUAUGUGAACCCUGCCUACGAGUACACCAUGGGAUACCAGCGAGGCGAGCUGAUCGGGAAGGAGAUCAUCGAAGUGCCUAAGAGUGAGAGGAAUAAGCCGGAUCUACUCGAAACCAUAAACUCCUGCAUUCGGAAAGGAAAGGAAUGGCAGGGGAUUUAUUAUGCCAAAAAGAAGAAUGGAGAUAGUGUCCAGCAAAAUGUGAAGAUCACACCUGUGACUGGACAAGGAGGAAAAAUCAGACACUAUGUGUCUAUUAACAGGCCUUUAAACGAUAAUAAUAAGUCUGACAAGUCCAGCGAUCGCGUUCAAGCAGAAUCUCAAACAGACAUGCAGUCGUCCAAACAUAAAGACAGAAGGAAAGGCUCUCUGGAUGUCAGAUCAACCACUUCCCGAGGGAGUGAUGGCAGUUCCCAGAGAAGGCACUCCUCAAUGGCCAGGAUCCACUCCAUGACCAUUGAAGCUCCUAUAACCAAGGUGAUAAACAUCAUCAAUGCCGCUCAGGAGAGCAGCCCGAUGCCCGUGGCGGAGGCCCUGGACCGCGUGCUGGAGAUCCUGCGUACCACAGAGCUCUACUCCCCCCAGCUCGGGACCAAAGAGGAGGACCCCCACACCAACGACCUGGUCGGGGGGCUGAUGACCGAUGGCUUGCGGAGAUUAUCAGGGAACGAAUACAUCUUCGCGACAAAACAGCUUCACCAUAUUCCCAGCCAUCUGAUCACCCCGCUCUCGCUCAACGACAUCCCCCCAAGGGUGGCGCAGACCAUGGAGAACGAGGACUCCUGGGACUUCGACAUCUUCAACCUGGAGGCUGCCACCAUGAAGCGGCCCCUGGUGUAUUUGGGCCUGAAGGUUUUUUCACGCUUUGGGGUGUGCGAGUUCCUCAACUGCCCCGAAGCCGUGCUGAGGUCGUGGCUACAGGUGAUCGAGGCCAAUUACCACGCGAGCAACUCCUACCACAACUCCAGCCACGCCGCCGACGUGCUGCACGCCACGGCCUACUUCCUCUGCAAGGAGAGGGUAAAGCAAAGCCUGGACCCCAUCGACGAGGUGGCCGCCCUGAUCGCCGCCACGGUGCACGACGUCGACCACCCGGGCCGCACCAACUCCUUUCUGUGCAACGCGGGCAGCGAGCUGGCCAUCCUCUACAACGACACCGCCGUGCUGGAGAGCCACCACGCCGCCCUGGCCUUCCAGCUCACCACCCGCGACGACAAGUGCAACAUCUUCAAGAACAUGGAGAGGAAUGAGUAUCGCACCCUCCGUCAAGCCAUCAUUGACAUGGUCCUGGCCACAGAGAUGACUAAGCAUUUUGAACACGUCAACAAGUUUGUGAACAGCAUCAACAAGCCCCUGGCUGCUCUGGAGGAGAACGGGGGCAACGGGGAUGAGGAAGCUGCCAAAAGCAUUUUGACCUCACCGGAGAAUCGAAUUCUUGUCAAACGCAUGCUGAUCAAGUGCGCCGACAUCUCCAACCCUUGCAGACCACUGGAGCUGUGCAUCGAGUGGGCGGGUCGCAUUUCAGAAGAAUAUUUUGCACAGACCGACGAGGAGAAGAGACAGGGCCUGCCCGUGGUGAUGCCUGUCUUCGACAGGAACACCUGUAGCAUUCCCAAGUCCCAGAUUUCCUUUAUUGACUACUUCAUCACGGAUAUGUUCGAUGCCUGGGACGCAUUCGCGGACCUGCCAAACCUCAUGCAGCAUCUGGACAACAACUUUAAGUAUUGGAAGGGGCUGGACGAGCGCAAGUUGCACAGCUUGAGGCCACCCCCGGAGUAGCUGUCCCUCUCCGCGGGGGGAGGGGAAGGGUCCUCCCUUGCCCAGCAUCGUUGCGUCCACGCGCGCGGAGUGGCCUUCCUCAACCUCACUCCGGAGUGUCUCCCUGUCAUGGCUGCCAGCACGGCAGCAAACCCAGCCCUGUGGACUCAAAAACAACCUCCUGCUUCUGUUACACAAACCCAGAAAGAGAGAGAGAGAGCGAGAGAGAGACAGACAGACAGACAGACAGAAGCAGACCGCCACAACUACGCAAGACACCCGGCUUCAUAAACGAACAAACAAAAGGACCGACCGGCAUAUGACUAAAAGGCUUCCUGUUUCCUGUGACAGUGGCACGGGUCAGCUGCCACCAUGGCACACGGGCCAGACUCUUACUUGACGAUGCGUCAAACGGAAACGCGUCCCGCCUCCUCUGGCGGCAGAGGACUCCGCUGUCCUUUUGAGACUGACAGGCCAUGACGAAGCACGGGAGAGGGACUGGAUUUUGAGGCUCGGUUUUUUGUUUUUUUUGUCUCGCUCAGCCCCGCUGAGACACCUCUUCCUCCUGGAACGGACGCGCAGAGAUGUCGUCCGAAGCGGAAAGCCACCAGGCCUCGUCCGACAGGAUUAUUUUCUCACUUGUUCGAAAGUAACACUACAGAACUACA